GUAUUAUUUCCCCUUUUCUGUUUUUUUUGAUUUAGAAAUACUCUAUAAUGCUUAGUUGCGAGAACAUAUUUAUAUUUAAUUGGGUGAAUAAUUACAAGCAACAAGUUGAACACUUGAGGGAAACUUUUGAACAUGAAUCAUUAAAGAACCGUGUGCGUGUUUUCAAUAACCUGACAUGCGAUGAGUUGUACGAGGAAAUGGAUCGUUUGACCAAAGUGUCGUUUGACCUUUUUCCCUAUGUAAUGGUUGUAGUUCUGGAGAAUAAAAGUCCAAGAGGACGAUUCAUUUGCACCAAAGAUAGUUAUCACAUUCUUUUAGAUAUGGAACUGCUGACGCUAUUCAAGACCAACAAAACACUUGCUGGAAAACCACGAGUCUUUAUUGUCCAGAAAUUACAAGAUUAUAGAUGUUAUGGGGAUACUGAAUCUGAAGAUGAAAAUGGCAACCUACCACCUACCGUAGAGGAGCGAAGAAAACACAUUGAUUUAAAAAAAGAGUUCAAAGAAAUUACUAAAAAUAAACGACUCUAUGAAGGUUUACAAUAUUUAAUAGCAGCCAAUGAAGAAACGCCUAACUUUCAAAGCAGUCCCUUUAUCCGCAUCUUUUGCAAGCAAUUCUUGGAAAAAUCGACCUCUAAGUCAAUGGGCGAAAUAUACUCGCUCAUUGUGAAAGAAAUAAAAGAGAACUACGGCAGGUACAGCAUUGAUAUACAGCUGCAAACAAAUAAGACUAGUGAAGAUAGUGGAAUACUGGACAAAGUAAUUGACUCUGAUGAAAUGAGAGAUUUUUUAUGAUCGAUUAAAAAUGUUUUAUAUUCGUAUGUUUUUGUUACAAUCCGUUUAGAAAAUAAAUCAAAUUUUCAGCUUA